AUGGACGCCCCUACGUCGAUCUGGAACCCCUCCGUCCGACCCUUCGCCCCGGUCGAAGCCGUCCUCCUCCAAAGUCCCAGAGGAGAGGGCACGGAUGACGCGACCGUGGGCACCUCUCCUCCCUCCACGCCGCCCUCGCUCGUGGACAGCAGUGGCAGCGCUCCACUGCCCCUCGGCCCCAGCCGCCCAGGGCCUAGUAACCUCGACGUGGCCGCCAGAGACUUCGUCCCUUCUUCGUGCCUCGGGGCGACGGCCCGUCCCGGCAUCCGGGCAUCCCCGCCACGAGCGGGAGACGCAGCCCCGCCUCCGUCCGUUGUGCCGACCGGCGGGAACGCAAGCCUUCUCAACCCGGCUUGCUUCUCGUUCCAACCGGUGGCCAGCUUCUCUCUCACCCUCGCUGAGGUGGAGAAGCUGGCCAGGUCCGAGGAAGCGGUGGCGGCGCUGGUCUACCACCGGCAGAUGUCGAUCUUGCUCCAGCUCGAGGCGGCUCUCGAGAAGGAGGAGGAGGAGGAGGAGGAGGAGGAGGAGGAGGAGGCUGGGUCGCGGGCUGCUGUGUCCGAACCAACAGCAGACCCCGAGGCUGAGUCUCUUCCCAGCCCGCCCGAAACACGCCCUUCUCCAGAGUCGCCCUGCUGGCUCUGUGCUUCCGACGGCCUUGAGGCGCACGUCAAGCCACCGCCCCUCAAGCCGCCCGGGAUCAUAACCAUCCUGGCGCGGACGAGCGUGUUGCCGGAGGACGAGAGGGAGGACAUCAUCCACAGGUUCAAGCGGGGUGAACCUGUGGGUAUUUGA